AUGAAGAGGUCCACGCGUGUGCCCGGAGAGCCCCCCAUUGACAAGGCUCUUUGCAUCUUGGUGGUUGCUGCGGGACUGUUCCUCCUCGCAGAAACGCGUUCUCUGCAGGGAGAAAUACUGGAUUUACUGGGAAGGAAUGAUAAGUACGUGUCUCUGGUCAGCCAUGGCAUCCCUCAGCUGUGUCAGUUCACGGUGUGCAUCGAUCUGAACCGAACAGCCAACAUCAGCUCUUGGACAGCAUUUUCCUAUGACGCUAACAACAACUCCACUGACGUAAACGACUUAGAGCUUGGGCUCUCUGGAGAAAACAAGCAGUUGAGAGUGUAUCUUUUUGGCACCAGCCGAUACAUUGAGAUUGAUUUAGACCUUUUCACGUGGUAUAGCGUGUGCUGCUUGUGGGACACCAGAAAGCAACUGCUGGAAGUCUACUGUAAUGGUAAUCUGGUGUAUAGUGAAGCCAUAAACAGCACCGAGUGCCUGAAGCCCAAUGGAAGCCUGGUGCUGGGUCAUCUCCAUAAAAGAAAGGAUGGCUUUAUUGUACGAGUGAGCAACAGCUUCAUUGGCAGCUUGUACUACUUCCAAAUGUGGGACCGUGUGCUGCGUCAGGAGGAGCUGCUGGGCUGCCCCAUGGGCAAUGUUGUCAGCUGGAGGGAAGAGUACUGGGACUUCAGCAGCAUCCUUCCCGUCGCUGGCCAUCACCUUCGCUGUGGUUCAUCAAAGUGA